GAGACCGAACACCAGAUAGGACUAGGAGAGGGGCUGUCACGGCCAACGCCUCCCCUGCCUGCAGAGCCUCUCGCGUCGCCGGCCGGCGUAGGAUCUACCCAUGGGCUGCGCGUCGUCGUCGCCGUCGCCGUCGAAGCGUGAGCAGCGCGCACAGGGGUACCAGGAGCCCGCCGUCCUCGCUGCCGAGACCUCCUUCACGGCGAACGAGGUGGAGGCGCUGUACGAGCUCUACAAGAAGCUCAGCUACUCCAUCUUCAAGGACGGCCUCAUCCACAAGGAGGAGUUUCGGCUCGCACUGUUCGGGACCAGCAAACGAGACAACCUCUUCGCAGAUAGGGUGUUCGACCUCUUCGAUCAGAAGCGCAACGGGGUGAUCGAGUUCGGCGAGUUCGUGCGCUCGCUCAGCAUCUUCCACCCCAAAGCGCCUGAAUCAGACAAGACCACGUUUGCAUUCAAACUGUACGAUUUGAGGGGCACAGGCUACAUCGAGAAAGAAGAGCUUAGGGAGAUGGUGGUAGCACUUCUCGAUGAGUCGGACCUAUGUCUCUCGGAUAGCGCCGUCGACGAGAUCGUUGACUAUACGUUCGGUCAAGCAGACUCGAACGGUGAUGGGAGGAUAGACCCCAAGGAAUGGGAGGAGUUUGUCAAGAAGAACCCAACGUCACUCAGGAACAUGUCACUGCCCUAUCUCCAGGACAUCACGACGUCGUUUCCGAGCUUUGUAAUGCAUUCGGAAGUCGAAAAUUACGAUGGAGUCGGCAAAUAACCAGGCAGAGCCUUCCUAACCUGAAGCAUGCAGGGGUUGUCUGAACAAUGGGCAGCAACUACUGAGUGACUAAUAUUACCAUACAGUAGGAGUACUAGUGCGUUGCACGUAUGACCACAGAAAUAAAGUUCUUUGUACAUCUAGUUAUGAGACACAGUUGCUAAGUGGAUCAUACCUACAAGCAUCUUCUUAACUCGUCUUUUUUUUGAUAGAUUUUGCAAAAGUUGCGAAGGAUAUCACAAAAUAUGAACAAAUGUGCAAAAGCUAUA